AACCCUCCAAAAACAUAACAAAACAUGUUUUAACCGUUAUAGGUGGUACUUCAUAUCGCUAAGAUAAAAUGGGAAUAUUAAAAGGGAGAUUAAAGUUUUGUGGAUUUAUUAUCACUUUUGUUUUACUUGUGAAAGAAACAAAUGCGGUAUACAAUGAUUCAUCACAAGGAAACGUUACAGGUUGUGGUGAUGUUCCAGACAUUGAUAAUGGUGUCAUUGUUAGUAGUGUCAACUCAACAUAUGGUUCACAAGUGAAUGUGACAUGUGACCAGGGCUUUACUGCGGAUAAAUCAUAUAUAACUUGUCUAACGUCGGGAGACUGGGACAAUGUCACGUGUAUUAGAACCGAAAGUUGUGGUGAGGUUCCAGAAAUUGAGAAUGGUGUCAUCACUAAUAGUGACAACUCAUCAUUUUAUGGUUCACAAGCAAAUGUGACAUGUGAUCAGGGCUUUACCGCUGAUAAAUCUAAUAUUACUUGCCUGUCGUCAGGAAAUUGGGACAAUGUCACAUGUAUUAGAACAGGCUGCAGUGAUGUACCAGAUAUUGAAAAUGGCAGUGUCUUUGUUAUUGAAAAUUCAACAUUUGGUUCACAAGCAAAUGUGACAUGCGAUCCUGGCUUUACUGCUGAUAAACAUAACAUAUCAUGUUUGACCUCCGGAUACUGGGAGAAUGUCACAUGUAUAAGUGCAGAAAGUUGUGGUGAGGUUCCAGAAAUUGAGAAUGGUGUCAUCACUAAUAGUGACAACUCAUCAUUUUAUGGUUCACAAGCAAAUGUGACAUGUGAUCAGGGCUUUACCGCUGAUAAAUCUAAUAUUACUUGCCUGUCGUCAGGAAAUUGGGACAAUGUCACAUGUAUUAGAACAGGCUGCAGUGAUGUACCAGAUAUUGAAAAUGGCAGUGUCUUUGUUAUUGAAAAUUCAACAUUUGGUUCACAAGCAAAUGUGACAUGCGAUCCUGGCUUUACUGCUGAUAAACAUAACAUAUCAUGUUUGACCUCCGGAUACUGGGAGAAUGUCACAUGUAUAAGUGCAGAAAGUUGUGGUGAGGUUCCAGAAAUUGAGAAUGGUGUCAUCACUAAUAGUGACAACUCAUCAUUUUAUGGUUCACAAGCAAAUGUGACAUGUGAUCAGGGCUUUACCGCUGAUAAAUCUAAUAUUACUUGCCUGUCGUCAGGAAAUUGGGACAAUGCCACAUGUAUUAGAACAGGUUGCGGUAAUAUAGCCAGAUACCUAACAAACGGCGAGAUAGAACUGAACGACCCAGACAACACAGCAUUUGGGGCUCUAGCAACCGUUCGUUGCAACGCAAAUUAUGCGCCUGAAUUUCUGACAGUAAUGUGUAAUGCAUCCGGAGAAUGGGAAAAUGCAUCUUGUUAUCCACUAGAAUGCAAUCUGGACAACUUACCAGUAAUCGCAAACGGUGAAGUGAUAUUUGAUUCUAAUGGUAACCAGACGACAGCUUCUUCUGUUAAUGUCAGUUGUAAUCAUGGUUACGCAGCAACGUCUCCAGUAGUAACGUGCCAAGGUGGUGGUCAAUGGCAAGAUAAUGUUUUCUGUGUUUUCUAUGAUCUAGGCGUGGCUAUAGUACAAACAGGUCAGACUAUUCACAAUGGGCAAUAUACGGGCUACUUUAAAUGUGCGUUUACUAUCGCCGAUGGUCUUAAAUACCGAAUCAAAUGGUAUGUGCACGGAUUUGAGUUUUAUGACACCGGGAUAAUAACGUCGACAGAUGCUUCAAUAUCUAUGCUGUCAGAUGACAUGUUUAGUAAUACAGUAACAAGUUAUGCUCCAUUUUCAGAAUUCUUUAACUUACAGGUGAAAUGUUCGGCAGCAGUUUAUGAUGGCGCCGGGGAAACUGAACAUGAAAAUAUUACAAGCAUAGAGAUGACCCCUCUGCAAAUUUCAACAAAUAGCAUAACAAUGAUGAGAGGAAAGGAAGCUACGUUCACAGUUUACCUCAAUUUCCCCUUUGGCUGUUCCACUGACACACCAGAAUGUGCUCUUAGAUUCAUUGUCUACGAUCCAAACGAUUCCUAUCACUGCUAUGACUCAUCUAUAGCAGUUAUACACAGCGACACUUGUGGCGGGAAAGUAGACGGUGCCACUCCAGCAACACUUAGCCAUGUGUCAACAGCAAACACAUUCACAAAUAUAACGAUAACAACCAAAAAUAAUCGCUGGUACCGACUUCGUUGGAGAUUCUCUCUUGUUCUGAAGCUAGCAGCUGUUGGAAAUUCAAAAGCGUUGUGGAAUUCACCAUCAACAAGUGUCUCGGUAACAGUGACAGAAAAUUACUACGCCAGAUACCGAGGCUGUUACUCGUUUGUCGAUCCGUACAUCUACACCUUUGAUAGGAGGUGGUACUCGAAUCAACUGCUUGAGGAAUUUGUUCUGUACCGACAUAAAACGCUUCCAAUCGAGGUUCAAACAGUAACUGCUGGUUGCAAUCGCUGGGCGACAUGCUCUUGUGCAGUGACGGUGCGUGCUGGUGGAGAUGUGUUUACAAUCAACCACUGCUCCGGUCACCUGUCAACUUUCCUUUCGGCAAAGGAUGGUAUUCUGAAGGUUUAUAGAUUAUGGAGCACUUAUUACCGGAUAAUCCUCCCGACGGGAACGGACGUGUAUGUAUAUGUGAUGUCCUACUUUAACUACAUGAUGAAUGUUUAUGUCGUACCGACACCGUCGGACUUUGAGCAGACGGAAGGGCUAUGUGGGAAUUUCAACGGUGAUUUUAGGGACGAUACUAUACUUCGCGGUACAACCCAGUCUGAUCCGGUCGAGUCAAGUUAUGGCUAUUGGUGGUGGUGGAGUGAUUACUUCUUCCCUCAUCAGUUUGCCUAUUCUUGGGGGCUUCUUUUGACUGGGAGGCAAGAUGAAAGCCUUCUAAAUCCUGAUGUUUACGAAAACGUGGAAAGCUGGGACAGUAAUAAGAAAUUAUGCGUUUGUCCAUACGCAAGUUCCGGAAGUAGUUAUGACGCCAUGUGCUCCGCAGACGAAGAAGCAUUAUGUACGGGAUAUGUUUGGCAUUGGGGUACCCGCGUUUCAGCUCAAACAAGGAGCAGACGAGACGUUGAACAUACCCAAAAACAUACCAGUUUUGAAACAGACUUUAAAAAACGAUUGCAAAGGAUGAGAAGCAAAUGGGAAAUAUUAAGAGAACAACAUGUUUCAUUACGGAAGAAACGGGAGGUUAACAACAGGACUACAAUACCGAUCGAGGAAGCAGAACAGAUGUGUGAAGAACAAUUAAACAAUAAUUGUAACACGUACUCCAAGAAAGAUGACGUCAGCGAUGUUGCGGAAUCAAAUGAUACUCUCGAAAACUGUGCACGUGAUACGGCGAUAAGUGGGACCACAGAAUGGGUCACUCCUCAUUGUGAUGCUAUAACUCAGAAAGUUACAGUAGAAAUUGAAAAAGAUGUUGAAUUUGCUGAGAAUAAUACUGAGUUAGUUAAUAAUAUCAAAGAAAACGCAUGUCCAAGUAAUUGUAGCGGACACGGACAGUGUGUUAACCAAACAUGUGUUUGCUUCCAAGACUUUGGAACAGAUCUUUGUCUUUUGAAUCUAACACUCGGUCCAUUGAUUGAAGAACUUGCAGACGAAGGAAUUUGUGACGUCAGUACCGGAAAUGAAUGUGACUUUAUUUUAAUAGUUGGGAAUGGCUUUGUUGAUACUGCAAAAUGUAAAUUGGCAGUCUAUGUGGCUGGAAUUGAUGGUAAUUUCAACAUGACUGAGGAGUUUGAAAUUAAUUGCGCGUACAUCAACUACAACGAGCUAUAUGCCCUGGUGCCCGAAAUUACGAAUUCAUCCGAUAAUACUAACACUACGCUAAUUUCCCGGAUGCUUGGAAUAUCGGUUAGUAACGAUGGUACCAACUUUGGUCCCCAGCAAACGGUUGUCGUGCUUGAUACCACGUGCCAGGAGCGCCAAACAAACCCUAAUAAUGAAACAAUUGUUACUUUGAAGUCAGGAUACUGUUUCAUAGUAGCCACGUGCUAUACUGCAGGUACUUACCUAAAUGGAAGUUCGUGUGCCAAGUGUGACACUUCACAGAAUUUAUUUGUUUGGACGGACGUAUGCGACAACGACGAUGAUGCAAACGAGAAUUAUUUGAUCAUUGUCUUAAGCAGUGUUGGCGGCGUUAUACUGCUAGCCGCAGCCGUUGCUCUUGUUGUUUUAAUUAAACUCCACCUGAAGGCAAAAGCGGCCAGGACAAUAUUUCCCUUAGUGGACACAUCGCUUGGACCAUCUAAGAUGACUUUCUUGUACCGUAAAAACAGUAACGUUGCGGUCGUUGAACAUCCUUUGGGAACGAAUAAGGCAAGAAGACCGUCUGCGGCAGAAUAUUUCUCAAAUGACGAGGUCUUUCCCAAUUCUUCAAAGGAAAUGACGUCAGAUAAUUGGUAGGAAGUCGUCUGCUAAGUGGGAGAAUUGAAAUUUAGAAAAGAACUUUAUAGUGUAUGUUUUAAUGUGCUUUUCUAGAUAUUGAAAGUUGUUGCUCACAAGCAACGUCAAACCAUUCUAUGAAAAUUGUUUCAAGAUAUUUCAUGUGCAAAAGAAUGGUUUCAAUAUUACUGAAUUUGUCUAUAUAUUUCUAUAUUUCACUGUAUAUUUCUAUCAACGUUUUUGAGAUAACGCUGCAUUUUGUGUAUAGUUUUGUGUAAAUUAUAAAAAGUACUCCUUUUUAUUUACUAAAUUGUUCUAUCUAUACGUUUAUUUAAUAAGAAAAAAACUAACAUUUUAGUCAAUUCCCAUUUUCCAUUUUAAGCUCACCUUAGCAUGCUCAGGGUGAGCUUUUAGGAUCGAUGAUUGUCCGUCGUCCUUCCGUCGUCCGUUCACAUUUAGUUGUUAACACUCUAACGGUCGCAUUUUUGCCUCAAUCAUCAUCAAACUUGGUCAGGAUGCUUAUCUAGUUGAUAGCUUGGAUGAGUUAGAACAUGGGUCAUCUCGGAUGAGAAACUAGGACACAAGAGCUAAAAAUAGAAAAACCUUGUUAACACUCUAGCGGUCACAUUUUUGCAUCAAUCAUCAUCAAACUUGGUCAGAAUGCUU